UGUUAAAAAUAACUAUGAACUAACCGCGAAUUGAAAUAUCUUUAUCUAUAUCUUCCUAUUUCCGACCAUGAUUACACAUAAUUUUAAAACCUUAAGUAAACAGAACAUUUUGCUUUUACCUUUGACUGUCCAGUGUAAUGUGUUAUUUAAACGUUUAGUGUGGUUAAGGCGUUACGCGGUAUCAACAAAUAUUGAAUUUCAUAUUUUCAUUAUAGUAUUAUUCGAUAGUGUGACAGUGUGUUAUGAAUAAUAGAUAAACAAUAUUAGUAGGGUUCCUACUUCCUAUGGUAUUCGUUUUGAAUACAUUUAAACAUUUAAUAGUUUAAAACUUCCAGUGUUAACAAGUCUAUUGAUAAAAUGUCAAUUUAAUAGAUGGAGUUAUCUGAUUCAUCUGGUAGUUCAUCGACUGUGACUCAGUCUAUGUGUCACGUACGAGCCUCUGAAUUGUAUCCAAAAAGAGAUUUGGAAACCGAUGAGGGUCCUCCAACUUUAGAGGCCCCAUUGGUGCCUUUUGUUCCUUUAGCCGGCGAAUCUGUUGAAUAUUUAGGUCGCGGCACCAAUAAUACUGUGUUAGCCCUAUCCAAUUAUCGUUUUUACCUAAAAGUAUCUGAUGAAGGGUCAAAACGAAGAAGAGGUGUUCAAGACAGCAAUAUACCAUUGGGCCUUAUUGAAAUGAUUGAAAUAAAAGAUCUAUUUUACUUGAUAAUUAGUUGCAAAGAUUCUCGGACAUGCAGGUGUACUUUUACUACAAAUGAUUUAUGUUUGGAGUGGUAUAAGCGAUUGACCAGAGUAAUAGCAUCACCAAAAAAUGUUCAAGAUGUUUUUGCAUUUGCAUUUCAUGCUUGGGCCAUUGAGGAUCAAUGUAAUGAAGACAUUUCUUUAAACUUAGGACAUGAUGGUGAUGAUGAUUAUUUUAUGAAAGAGAUUGAAAGACUAAAUAUAAGUGUUCUAAGUGAUAACUCUAAAUGGCGUAUUUCAAAAGUAAAUUGGGACUAUAAAUUAUGUGCCUCUUAUCCAAAUCGAUUAUUGGUUCCUUCUUGUAUUACUGAUCAAACAUUGGAAGCUGCAGCCAAAUUUCGUAGUUCCAAACGAGUUCCAGUAAUUGUAUGGAGGCAUAAGGGUAAUGGAGCUAUUUUAGCAAGAUGUUCCCAACCUGAAGUGGGUUGGUUAGGAUGGAGAUCCUCAGAGGAUGAAGACUUAUUGAAAGCAAUUAAUGAAUCUUGCCAAAAUAAAUCUAAAAAAUCUAAAAAAUUAAUUGUAAUUGAUGCACGCUCAUAUCCGUCAGCUGUUGCGAAUCGCGCUCGAGGUGGAGGAUGUGAAUGUCCCGAAUAUUAUCCUGGAUGUGAAAUUCGGUUCAUGAAUUUGGCAAAUAUUCAUGCUGUCAGAAAAAGUUUCCAUUUACUUCGUCAACUAUGUGCUUCGCCUCCUGAUCUUCCAAACUGGUACAGUUUACUGGAAAACACACGAUGGUUACAUAAUAUUAGUGGUCUUCUUCAUGCUGCUAAUACUGUUGCAGCAACUAUUGAAUUUGAAAUGCAACCAGUUCUUGUACACUGCUCAGAUGGUUGGGAUCGUACUCCUCAAAUUGUUUCUUUGGCUGAACUAAUGUUGGACUCGUAUUAUCGAACGAUUGAUGGUUUUCGAGUUUUAUGUCAAAGAGAAUGGUUAGACUUUGGACAUAAAUUCGCUGAUCGUGGUCAAGGUGAAGAUCCAAAUGAACGAUGUCCAGUAUUUAUUCAGUGGUUGGACUGUGUGCAUAAUGUGAUGUCACAGUAUCCUUGUGCUUUUGAAUUUUCCAAAACGUACUUAGUCAAAUUAGCACAACAUACAUACUCAAAUCUUUUCGGUACAUUUUUGUGCAAUAGUGGUGCUGAAAGAAAACGCACUGGGAUAGGUACUGCUACAUUUUCUGUUUGGAAACAUUUGGCUGCAUCUGCUGAAUGUAGAAAUCAUUUAUAUUCAUCUCAACAAGACAAUGUUUUAUGGAUUAGUUGUAAUGUAAGAGAUAUGAAUCUUUGGAGAGAUUUAUAUGUUGGACCAUUUACUGAUGGACCUCAACUAACCAAAACUACUGAAAUAUGUAAUUCUAUAUUGGGAAUGGAAGGCAUAAUUGAUCCAAUAAUAAGAAUUGAUCAGCCUAUUGUGAUAAAUAGUGAAAGUCCAUGCAUGGAGCUUUCAAAACCUGAAGAUACAAUAUCUUUAGAUGACAGGGAUGAUAAAUCUUCAGACACAAAUUCUAGUUCAUUGUCAAGUAUUAUUGCUGAAGAAAAUGGUAUAGAACGACAUUUGAGUUCAACUAAUUAUGUCUUAAAUACUGUCGAUGGACUGUUACCACUUGUAGAUGACGUACAAAAUAGACUUCGGCAGUUAAAUUUAGAACAUAAAACAAGAGAAGCAGCACUUCAAAAUGAAUUACAUGUCACUCGGCUAGUACUGUUGCGGCAAGCAAGCCAUCGUUGUAUUGAAGCAACGACUACGCCUGAUGUGAAUGGUCUAUCACUAGCAGAGAAAAUUGAUGAUGAUGUAUCCGUGUGUAGCAGCACAGGAGGAGAGACGACAUUGUCGUGGGAACCUGUGGAGUCGUUCGAUGCUCAGCCAACUCUGUGGGUACCGGAUCACGCAGUUACCCAGUGUAUGUCGUGCGACAACAAGUUCUGGCUGGGAAGACGGAAGCAUCACUGUAGAAGUUGCGGAAAAAUAUUCUGCGCAGACUGUUCACGAAAUCUGGUUCCGAUGCCAGCUGAACAACUCUACGAACCUGUAAGAGUGUGUGAGCCAUGUUUUUCAAUUGGCGCUUUAAGGACCACUAGCACUUCAACUACCACCACCACUUGUAAGCAAGCUGUUGCAGAUGAUCAAAAAAAUGUUAACAUAACUUUACAACCGGCACCAUCAAAUUAAACUAAAACUAGUUAUAGGUGAAAGUUGAUCAACAUACACACAUAUGCAACAUUGUAAUCUGUAUGAAUUGUAUGGAAUCAUCUUUGUAAAGUGUUCUGUUCUAUAACAAUACACAAUUCAAAGUUGUGACUCGUCCAACAAAAAUAUUAUUAUUUUUUGUUUACUUUUCUUUGUUAUUAUCUAAAACUUAUUGGUCCACUGACUAUUAAUUACCCAACUGAGUAGUGAACAUCUUUACUUGUAUGAUAAAUAAUAAUGAUUUUAAGGUGUAGGCUUCUAAAUUAGUGUCUAUUAACUUUUAUUAUGGUUACCCCACAAGCUGGACUAUUUUUUGUGCACUUAACAAGUAAUAUUUAAAUUGUAUCUGUUAUGUUUUAUCCUUUUAUAUAUAUUAUAAUAAAAAUAAAGUUUAACCAUUUU